CAGCACCGCCACCACCAUCAGCAGCAGCAGCAUAAGUAUAUUCCCCCACUCAAACUGCCAACGGACGAACCAACCAACCAACCAGCAAAAGACGCAUUAUCUUAUCUGACCAUCCAUCAUCCAGGAAGCAACCAUCCGCAAGUCUCCUGCUUCCCCGAGAUUCAAGACCCGACCCCAUCCUGUCCCAUUCAAUACUUGUUUAUUCAUGCAAGGGUCCCAGACUCCUAUGAAUCCACCUCCCAGCUGCCCUUCCGCCGUUACUGCUUCCCUGUUGUUGCCCCCAAUCCCAAUUCCAAACCCCAACCCUAACCCUAACCCUGCACCUCCAUUUCCCUAUAAUACAUACAUUUUUCCUUGGGUAUGAUUCUUCUACCUUGUUUAAUCAUACCAACUUUCCGGACAUUUAAAAUUUGUGAAGCUCUUGGCUUUUUAUACAGUACAAUGCUUUUCCUCUCCAUAAUUCUUGAUAUUUUGUUGAUCAAUGGCUGAAGGGCCCAUCAUAGGUGAUGAAGAGGAAGAGGGUAGUUUUGAUCAACAAGAUCUUGGACUGGAUUUGAACCUUAGUUACAGUGGCUGGCCGACCACCACCCUUGACAUAUCUUCUUCCCCAAGAAGGAUUAGGAUGUCGGAGAAUGGUGCUAGAAUCUACCCAUCUGAUUGUGCUAGCACUGAAGGUUUGUCCAACGAAGGACCUCAGGAUGCAGAUUAUUCCGUUUCAUCUCUUAGCUACGAGCUAGAGAGCCUAAUUUUCGCGAGAUUCCCAAGAUCCGAGAAUUGGAAGUUAUGCUUGGUGAACAAGAGGUGCCUGUCACUUUUAAAAAGCGGGGAGCUUUACAGUAUCAGGCGGGGCAUAGGAUUCACAGAGCCGUCUGUUUUCAUGUCUGGAGCUGGCCAAAGUAGUUGGUGGGCAUUUGAUGGUGAAUUCCAAUCCUGUAGGAAGCUUCCCCUUCUCCCUUCCGAUCUUUGUUUUGCUAAUGGAGACAAAGAAUCACUGAGUGCUGGCACUCAUCUGCUUGUUUCUGGCAAAGAAAUUGAAGGUCUUGUAAUUUGGAGGUAUGAACUUGUGAAGAACAAAUGGUACAGAGGCCCGUCAAUGAUCACCCCGAGAUGCCUGUUUGCAUCAGCAACGGGGGGCAGCUGUGCCUAUGUGGCCGGCGGGAUGGCGUCGGGGCUGGCGGGCGGAGUCUUUAACACUGCUGAAAAGUAUAACCCCGACAACAGAUCAUGGGUGCCGCUUCCCCGGAUGAUAAAGAGGAGGUAUCUUUGCGCGGGAUGCUACAUGGACGAUAAGUUUUAUGCAAUCGGGGGGAGGAACGAGGAUGGGGAACUGACUUGUGGUGAGUUCUUUGACGAGAGGGAGAACAGAUGGGAACUGAUACCAGACAUUCUGAAAGAUGAUCCAGUGAGGUCGUCCCAGUCACCACCCCUCCUGGCUGUGGUGAACAAUGAGCUGUACUCGCUGGAGGCGUCUUCGAACCAGCUGAAGGUGUACUUGAAGAAGACCAACACGUGGAAGCAGUUGGGGGCAGCACCAGUGAGGGCCGACAGCCACCGGGGCUGGGGGGUUGCGUUCAAGUCGUUGGGGAAACAGCUCCUAGUCAUAGGAGCAUCUGCUGCUGCUGCUGCUGCGGACCACAUGUCCAUAUACACCAGCUGCCCUGAUCCAAACUCGACUGAACUGCAGUGGAGACAGCUUGACAGUGCUGGGAAUUGCCUAAGCCACUUCAUCUUAAACUGUUGUGUUAUGGUGGCAUAGAUAUAGGUCUAUGUCCAUUUUACCCAUUAGCCAGCCAUCUAUGUUAUGUAAUAUAAUGUGAUGUUUCUUCUGUUAGCUGCCUGCCUGCCAUGGAGAUGGAGCGGGACGUAUUUAUAAUUUAUGGUUGUUUCUUCA